AUGAAUCCCAACACGAGUUGGAAUAGUACAAAAAGCAAAUCAAGUAGUAAGAGUAGUGAAAACUCUAGAACUACUGAUAAAAAAUCGAUUAAAUCGUUUCAUUUACCUCAAUCAAAUUCGCAAGAUUUUACUUCUGAUCAUGAAAUAUCUGAUCAAAAAUGGUUGGAUGAUUUAGUUCACCUUCGUUAUGUAAAAUUUAUUCCAUUCGAGGAAUUCGAAGAUCCAAAAAUUAUUGAACGUGGAAGUAAUGGUGAUAUUAGUUCUUUCAAAAGUUUAAAAUGGAGAAAGAUGAAAAAACGUGUGGUUGUUAAAGAAUUGAAAAAUAUUAUAAAUUUACCCGAAAAUUUAAGGGAAUCCUUUGUUAGAGAGAAUUCACGAAACGUAAUGUUCAUUCAACAAAAAUUGAAAUUAACCGAUUUUGGCAUAACUCAUAGUGUAGUUUCAACUUCAUCUAACCCUAUUAGUAAUAUUCGUAAAAUAUCAUAUACAGAUCCACAAAUUUUAUCUGUUUAUUUGUCAACAAUUAAUUCAUCUCAAACUACUUCUACUACUUCUACUUCAAUUCAAAUUCCCGAUUUUUCUCAACUUCAUGCUUCUUAUUAUAAUUUAUUAUCUCAAAAAUCUGAUAUAUAUAGUUUAGGUGUUUUAUUUUGGGAAUUAUCAUGUGGUCGUACUCCUUUUUCUGAUCGUAGAAAUCCCCCUGCUCAAGAUUUAGCUAAUGCUAUCAUAAAAGGUUUAAGAGAAUUACCUACUAAAGAUGUUCCUAUCGAUUAUUUAAAGUUAUAUACUUUAUGUUGGGAUAUGGAUCCUGAAAAAAGACCUGAAAGUGAAACCGUAUUAAUGAUGUGUAAAGAUUUAAUAAAUAAUGGUGAUUCUACUAAAGGUGUUCUUGAAAAAAAUGGUAAUAAGCGUAUUACGAACACACGUAAAGGUAGUGAAGAAGGAAACGGAAGUAAAAAUUGGGCAGAUUUACAAAGUGACGCUUUAGCGGCUGAAUUAUGGCUACGUAAUCAAGAACUUGAAGAAAAACGACGAAUGGGAUUAAUUGAAGAAGGGGAUGAAUAUUAUGGACAUGAAUAUGGCUAUUCAUCGGUUGAGCAAUCAGUUGGCCAACAGAUCGAAGAAACAUCAAAAAAAGAUCAAGAUAUAUCAACAGGAUCUCAACAAAUUCGACAAAGCCAGGAUCUAGAAGCUCAACGAAUGAAAGGUCAAAAAUGGAAAGACAAAGCUAAAAAUCUUGUAAAGAGACUUUCAGGACGAAAAUCUCGAAUUCAAGACUUAGAUUUAAAUAUAUAUGAAGAUGGAUUGGACGAAGAAGAUAUUGCAGCUGGCUGGAUUUCUGUAAAUAUAGAUCCAUAUAACAAUCAAAUCUCUCAAACCACCGAUGGAAAGAAAUCUGAUAAUGGUUUAAUGGGUCAUGGUCCAUUUCCUUCACAUAAAUCACAUAAACCAAGUGACAAUUUUGAUAAUUUAGAAAUUGGUGAACCUGGACCAUCAACCUUUAGACGACCAAUACGUUAUGAAAUUUCAGCAACUGCAAAAAAUUAUAUAUAUAGCGAUCAUUGUAAAAUGUUAUUUUUAAAAAAUAGAUGGAAAAUAAAUUCACAACCAUGCUAUGCUGCUUAUCAUGCAAGAAUUGGUGAUUUAGAGGGCAUAAGAUGGCAUGUUCAACAAUCUGGAGAUUUGAUAUUAAAUGGGGUGCAAGAAGUUAAUGGACCUAGAAAUAGUUACAGAAGACCAUUAGAAGCGUUACCAUUAGAAGCAAUAAUGUAUUGCCCGGCCAAAAAAUUAUUACCUACAUUAAUAUUUCUAAAAAAAAUCGGAUGCAAUUUAAAUUGUAUAGAUUCAUAUACCGGAGGAAGUUGUAUAAACUUUUUAUCACAAAACAAUUCACUUUUAACUGCUUCUUAUAAAUCCAAUAAUUAUUCACCAUAUAAUCCAACAACAUUUACUCACCUUAAUACACAAGGAAUUUAUUUUAAAAAAGUAUUAUUAUAUUUAUUAGAACAAGGAUUAGAUAUAAAUUCUCAAACGUGUACUGGUGACACAUUAUUAACUUCUUUAUUAUUUAAAUGGCAUCCAAAUUUAUCACCUUCAAUAAUUGAAUUGUUAAUAGAACAAGGUGCUAAUCCAAAUUUAGAAAAUAUAAGAGGUGGAACUCCUUUAGGUUAUACAUUAUUAGCUACAAGAUUUGAAAAUGGUGGUGGUCCAUUUAAAAAAGUUUUAAAAAUUUUAAAAAUUUUAUUAAAAGGUGGUGGUCAAUGUAAUCAUGAAAUUGUUAUACCUGGUAGAAGAUUAAGAAAUUUAGGUUGGGUUUGUGUUGAUAUUAGUUCUAAUUUAUCAAAAUCUCAACAAAAAACUUUGGUUGAACUUUUAAUUGAAUGGGGUUGUGAAUUUGGUUCUUGGGGAGAGGUUAAAGGAAAACAUCCUGAAAAAGAUGAUGAAAAUGAUGAUGAAGAGGAUGAUGAAAAAGAUGAUGAUUUGUAUGAGGAAACUGAUGAAGUUGAUGAAACUGAAGGUGCUGGUGUUGGAGGUCAUCCCGGAACUAUUAGUGGAGGUGGUAUUUUAAAUACUGAUUAUAGUGAAGAAAUUGAUGCGAUUUAUGAUGAAAUUGAUGAUGAUGGUAAUGAAUCUCCCGUAUUGCCAUCUAAUCAAGGUGGUGGAAGUUUAUUAACUAAAAGAUUAAAAGGUAAAAAUUUAAAAUUUGAAACUCCAAUAAAAAUACCUCCAUUAUUAUCGAAUCCACCUACUUCUCCUUUGCCUCCAACUUCUUCAUUACCACCAAUACCCACGCAAAAAUAUUCGGGACGUCGUGUAACAUUAACCGCACGUGAUAUUCCUGUAUCAUUAUUAAGACCAUCAGCGUUGAAUACUCAAAUUCCUCUAACAGGAUCACGUCCUCGUUCAAUGCAUAGAUUAUCCUUGUUUUUUAAUCCAUCACCUACAACUCCUAAAACUCCAAUGUUUAAACCAAAUAAUCCACAAAACAUUUUAGUAUAUGCGGUUCAAUUAGAACGACUUGAAAUGAUAAAAAUUCUUUUAAAAAGAAUUUACGAACUUAGUGAACCGAAAAGUAUAAUAGCUGCAUUAAAAGAAUGUGGUGUUAAUUUUACUAAAAUUGAAAGUGAUGAUGAAUAUGAUAACAAUGUCGAAGAAAUCAUAAUAUCAAAAGAAAAAUAUGGUUUCUUUGAACAUUUAUUUAAACAUCAUGAUGGUAAAUAUGAAAUUAGAAAGUAUUUAAUGACUUGGUAUGGAAAACAAGGUGUUUCAAAAAGGAAAAAAACAAUGAUUAGUAUCGAAAAAAUGAAACAAAAAUGGUCAAAUAAAGCCAAGAAUGGAUAUUUUUCUAAAAGUGAAAAUGAUUCUAAAAAUGAUGAUGCAGAAAGUAUUUUGGAAGGUUCAACUAAAAGUGAUUUAGAAUUAAUUAAUCACGAAGAGAAAGAAGAAUAA